AUGGUUUCGACAAGAAGGAUCAAACCGUAUUUAACCAUUUGCACUGCAUUUGGCGCAUUUAUACUUUUCGUGUUAUGGCACAAGUCAGCACGGAAUGCCGUCACCUAUCCCAAUUCGUGUGUCUCAUGUGGUCAGCACGCGGUGGAUUAUCGCAUUCCCGAUUUCGAUGGGACCAAUUCUUCGUGUCGGUGUGCUCGUGGUCCACGGGUGUACCGGUGGCCACCAAAGCGCGUUCCGGAGGAUCUCAUCUGUGCGGAUUCCUCGUACGACCUGACGUUGUGUGUGCGAGUGAAGUCCUCGUCUGAGCCCAUGGAGACGAGGUUGCACCAGCGAUUGAAGUUGCUAGAUAAGGACUGCGAACACGGUGGCGAGGAAUCAGCUCUACUUCGGUGGUUCGAGUUGGAGGGUCACAGGUUGGAUGGUGGUGAGGGUGGAUACGACAUGUAUCCGUUGGCCAUCAAUCUCACCGAUACCCUGGCUGCCAUCACCCACGGAAAACAGGCACCGUAUGCCCUAAUCACCAAUCCUAACAUCAAACUCAUUCGCACCAGUCUCACUGCUUGUGCACCUCACGACCGAUCCUCGAAGGACGUCUACGACCUUGUGGUUAUCUACAAAUCUGCGCCAUGUAACUUCGAGGAGAGAAGUCGCAUUCGUGAGGCAACUCGCAAUCUGCCAGGUCGCAUUCGUGUUGUGUUCUCACUGGGUCAACCGCGCGCCGAUUUGGGAGGCAAUUUGUUCCACAUGAACGGCGGCUUCGACAUUCGAUUGCCAGGAAAGGCGGGUGCCAAGGCUGUGGAGUGGGCACGGCGGGCAACCGAGGCUCGGGAGAGAGCGUUGGCGGAGGCAGACAAGUUCGGUGACAUGAUCAUUGGCGACUACGUGGAUACCUAUGUGAACUUAACCUACAAGCUCAUAGCAAGCCAUCGAUGGGCCUCAGCAUUUUGCAGAGGUAGGUCUUUCUGGCGCUUUGCAUUGGCGAAGAUGAAAUUGAAUUGUGCAAUGUUCGUUUUAGGCAAAUCCGACGUUUUUGUAUUCAUCGACGAUGACUAUGCGUUCCACGCAGGGAAUGUGCUCAAUUACCUGAAUGGUCUGACGAAGUUGGAUCGUCGCCAACUGCUCAGUGGACUGUUACUGAUUUGGGAGCUUGUGAAUCGCCCGGUUAAGGACACCAGUCGAAAUAAAUGGGCUGUUUCUCGCUAUGAGAUCCCGUGGUUGCAUUUCGCACCAUUUGCAAGCGGAGGGGUGACGUUUGUCGGUGCAGAUGUACUCAGGGGGCUGGUCGUAGCCGAAGCCUACACACGCUUUCUGUAUGGGAAUGAUGCGUUCAUGGGCUUCGCCGCAGCUAAAUUACCAUUUCGGCGCUUCCAAAGCAUGAAGGGCUUCUACCUCGAAUCCACCAAUAACCUGACAGCUCUCAUUGCACAUUCACCCCUCAGGUUCUGA